GAUCCGACGGUAUGGAGUCAGAUUGAGAAGCCUUUAGUGGAGAUGCGCAUUGAGGAUAUCGUGAAACUGGUGAAACGGCUGGAAAUAGCAUCGGAUCGGGUGGAAAUAAUAAUCAACAGGAUCAGAUCGGCGAAUUUGAAUGGUUUGGUGUUGUACGCGUGCGAUUUGGGUGAGGUGCAGCAGACUCUGAAGCUGAGUUUGGGUGACUGGACCCUGUUGAAGCUUCUGAUCGAAACACUCCGUCAGUGGAAUUGCUCCACGGUAUCAAAUCAACAACAUACCUAUAACCCAGCCCUGAUCGCACCCCUCCCCACAAUGCCCCUAUCCACUUCUCUGGCCUCAAUUCAAGAGUGUAAACGAAAACUGACGGCACAGGUGAGUUAA